CUGCGCACCGGCGGCCCGCCUGACCCAGCAGCCUGCUCCCGCGCCCUUGUCCGCGCGUCCGGGCGGCGGGCUCCAGUCAGCCAGCAGCAUGAGCAGCGGCGGCGACGUGGGUGGCACCGGCUGGCUGAGGAAAUCGCCCCCCGAGAAGAAGUUGAGGCGCUAUGCCUGGAAGAAACGCUGGUUUAUCCUGCGAAGUGGCCGAAUGAGUGGUGACCCAGAUGUUCUGGAAUACUACAAGAAUGAUCACUCCAAAAAGCCUCUACGGAUCAUCAACCUCAACUUCUGUGAGCAAGUGGAUGCAGGCCUCACCUUCAACAAGAAAGAGCUGCAGGAUAGUUUUGUGUUUGAUAUCAAGACCAGUGAGCGCACCUUUUACCUGGUGGCUGAGACUGAGGAGGAUAUGAAUAAGUGGGUGCAAAGCAUCUGCCAGAUCUGUGGCUUCAAUCAAGCUGAGGAGAGCACAGACUCCCUGAGAAACAUUUCCUCAGCCAGUCAUGGCCCACGUUCUUCUCCAGCCGAACUCAGCAGCUCCAGCCAGCACCUGCUCCGAGAACGGAAGUCCUCAGCCCCCUCGCACUCCAGCCAGCCCACUCUGUUCACGUUUGAGUCCCCCAUGUCAAACCACAUGCAGCCUGCUCUGUCCACCAGUGCACCUCAAGAGUAUCUCUACUUGCACCAGUGCCUCAGCCGGAGAACAGAAAAUGCAAGGAGUGCCAGCUUCUCUCAAGGCACCCGGCAGAAGAGUGACACAGCUGUGCAGAAGCUUGCCCAGGGUAAUGGACACUGUGUCAAUGGGGUCAGUGGGCAAGUCCAUGGCUUCUACAGCCUUCCCAAGCCGAGUCGGCACAAUGCAGAAUUCAGAGACAGUACUUACGACCUCCCUCGGAGCCUGGCCUCCCAUGGCCACACCAAGGGCAGCCUCACCGGGUCGGAGACAGAUAAUGAGGACGUGUACACCUUUAAGACGCCCAGCAACACCCUGUGCCGGGAGUUUGGGGACCUCCUAGUGGACAAUAUGGAUGUUCCAACCACCCCACUCUCAGCCUACCAGAUCCCCAGGACAUUCACGCUGGACAAGAACCACAACACCAUGGCAGUGGCCACUCCUGGGGACUCAGCCAUAGCUCCUCCACCCCGGCCCCCAAAACCCAGUCAGGCAGAAACUCCUCGAUGGGGCAGUCCUCAGCAGAGACCUCCAGUCAGUGAAAACAGCAGGUCUGUUGCGGCCACUAUCCCCAGGCGCAACACCCUCCCUGCCAUGGACAACAGCAGACUCCACCGAGCUUCUUCCUGUGAGACCUACGAGUACCCCUCCCGAGGUGGGGAAUGUGCAGGCCGGUCUGCAGAGUCCAUGAGCGAAGGAGUCAGUCCUUUCCUGCCAGGGAAAACUAUGGUGGGCCGCUCAGACAGUGCCAGUUCCGAAGACAACUAUGUACCCAUGAACCCGGGUUCUUCCUCCCUGCUAGCCAUGGAGCGGGCAGGCGACAAUUCCCAGAGUGUCUACAUCCCCAUGAGCCCAGGGCCCCAUCACUUUGACCCACUGGCCUACCCAUCCACAUCCCUUCCUCUGCACAGAGGCCCCAGCCGAGGAAGUGAAAUCCAGCCACCCCCUGUCAACCGGAACCUCAAGCCUGACCGCAAAGCAAAGCCAACACCCCUUGACCUGAGAAACAAUGCUGUCAUUGAUGAGCUCCCAUUCAAGUCACCUGUCACCAAGUCUUGGUCCAGAGUCAACAGCCACACCUUUAACUCCAGCUCUUCCCAGUACUGCCGCCCCAUCUCCACACAGAGCAUCACCAGCACGGACUCGGGAGACAGCGAGGAGAACUAUGUCCCCAUGCAAAACCCAGUGUCUGCAUCCCCUGUUCCCAGUGGCACCAACAGCCCAGCCCCUAAGAAGAGCACUGGCAGUGUUGAUUACCUGGCCCUGGACUUCCAGCCGGGCUCCCCGAGCCCUCACCGCAAGCCCUCCACGUCAUCUGUCACUUCAGAUGAGAAGGUAGACUAUGUCCAAGUGGAUAAAGAGAAGACCCAGGCACUGCAGAACACCAUGCAGGAGUGGACAGAUGUGCGGCAGUCCUCAGAGCCUUCCAAGGGCGCCAAGCUGUGAUGAGGGGCCAAGAAGCAACUGGAAGCUGGCUCCUCCCCCCACUUCCGCUCCCACCCCUCUCCUACCCCCCUCCACCCCACCAACCUCAGCCUUCAAGCAUUUGACAUCAGGGACCCCGACCCUUGGAGGCGAGGGCCUGAUGGAGGCAUGUAGGGCAGACCCACAGUGACUUCUAUCAAUCCUGGCAGUGCCUCCACCCACCUUAGUUAGGAGCUGUUGCCAAAAAGCCUCCUCCUGUUCUCAGGGCCUGCCUGUCUACUGCCUGGAGCCUUGGCGGGAAGGAGCAGGGCUCUGAGCCAGACUCCACACACCUCACAUUUGGUCACAACCCUCCACCCUUUCCCUUCCCUCAGGGCUGUCUCUCCAGUCCCAGAGGACAAUCCAGGGAACCAAGGACCCCAUCAAAGUGGACAUGGACUUUUGGCUGUAUGGUUAUAGGCAGGGCAGGUCACCAGAAGAUGAAGUAGAUAAGAGUGAAGGUCAGAGGUAGUGUUGAGGGACCAAGGAAUUUGAUCUCAGAUGCACAAGGACAGUGGAUACCUGCAAGGUUCCCCUGCUUUCAGGCCAAGGCUAUGGCGGGGCCACUGCGGUGGAAUGAAUGGGCAGCAGAAGGAUGAAGGACAGGACUGAUAAGCUAUAAAGAAUGAGGUACCAGGCGUGGCGUGACAAGGGUGCUACACAAUCAGGGCCCCAGAACUGGUGCUAUCGGACCGCUCUGGGACAGUAGCAGGGUGAGUGGGUUGGGAAAAUGGGAGAAGUAGCAGGGAGGGAGGGGUGUUAGAGGCGACGCAGGAGCUGGGGGACAUGGAUAGGAUGCGCAGGGCCGUGCAGCAAGUAAAGUUUCUGGGAGGUGUAAGACACAGAGGUGACCUAAGACAGGGACACAGGGCCCACGGAACAAGUGAGGGCAUGGUAAAGAGCCUGAGGCAGUCAGGACACAGGGCUGCUGGAGGAAACAAAGUGAAAGAGUGACCUGAGGACGGACACACACAGACACACAGACACACACACACACACACACACACGACGGACACAC